CUCGGUGCCCGCCUCUCAGCUGUGUGCAGCUAUAGGUAAACAAACAGGAGAGGAGAGGAAACGAGCAGCAGCGGGCACUUUGCUGGCUCUGGGCUCCCUCUGAGGAAUUUUAUAUUGUUUAUAUGUUUGUACAAAUUUAAUAACGUGUUUCCUAGAAACUUUUAAUACUUUGAUACACUGGUUUUGACAUUUUCUAACAACGAGAGCCUGGUCAAGGAUUGUCUGCAGCUUGGAAACACUGGAUUUCACCCAUCUCUUCUCUCGACAAAAGGCUGCUGAUGAGCCAGCGAAGAUAACAACACGACGUUUUUAUUAAGUAUCACUCAGUGUAGUAAUAACCGAGCCUUAGGAGAGAAUGACGGCUGUUCAGCUAAUCAAUAUCCAGCGGUUAUUGGAAGCUGCGGAAUAUCUCGAAAGGAGAGAAAGAGAGUGUGAACAUGGAUAUGCUUCGACGUUUCCAUCGAGUCAGGACACAAACUACCAGAGGCAAAGGAAAUUCCGAAAUAAGAAGUUCAGCAGUAACCACAAUAGGUCCACACAUAAUGAGCUGGAGAAGAAUAGACGAGCUCACCUGCGGCUGUGUCUCGAGAGGUUGAAGACCCUCAUACCCCUGGGACCCGACUGCAACCGCCACACCACCCUGGGCCUGCUCAACAAAGCCAAAGCACACAUAAAGAAACUUGAAGAGGCAGACAGGAAGAGCCAGUACCAGCUGGAGUCUCUGGAGCGGGAGCAGAGGCACCUCCAUCGCCAGCUGGAGCUGCUGAGGGGAGGCAGCGGUGCUGCCGCCCAGAGCAGCCCAGGGGAGGGGGAGAGGAUACGCAUGGACAGCGUGGGCUCCACCCUCUGCUCCGACCGCUCUGACUCUGACCAAGAGGAGAUCGAAGUGGACGUGGAAAGCACGGAGUUCUCCCAUGGAGAGCUGGACAGUGUGAGCACAGCCAGCACCAGCGACCUGGACGACCACAGCAGCCUGCAGAGCAUGGCCAGCGACGAGGGCUACUCCUCCUGCAGUGUCAAACUUGCCUUCUCCUCCUAGAGCCCCGCCACCACCACCACCACCACCACCACCACCCCCCUGCCAAACCCACCUGCCCUCCCAUCUGUUUAUCCAUCCAGCCAUGCCACCUCCGACGAUGACGGCCACGCCGCCCCCCAGCUAACGGCGUCCCUGUCGCUCCUGCCUCUCAGCAGCGCUCCCUCCUGCGCUGUUGGAGGAGCUUCGCUGAGAGCUUCUCCUCACUUCUGAACUUUGAGCUGCCCCGACCAACACCGACACCAGGGACCCAAACACAGUGAUGUGAAACUGCCAGUUGGUUUUAAUCUUCUUUUAAAAGGAGAUCAGAGACCUGGUUGAUAUAAAAAAAAAUACACAUCAUCUUGAUUUUUAAACCCACGAAAUGAAUGAUUUUACUUUUAUUUCCUUGAACUGUCAAAUGUCUGAAUUUUUGAAAGACACACACAACCCCUAAUUUGAUCCAACAUGCACUUAAACUCAUAUGAUAUUGAAGUAGUUUGGUUCUCUCUCCUGUGGUGUGUGUGUGUGUGUGUGUUGAGCUGGUCCUGUGUAUCCCUUCUUAACGUUCUGGUGUCGGGCCUGGAUAAACAGUAGCACAUCUAAUCUGGACUAUAAUCAACACCGUGGGUGAACUUUGCCAUAUCAACACAGCGUGGCCCUGAUGAACAUCCCCUUCAGCCCUGAAUUCAACCCUCGUCUUAUUGUUUCUCUCAUUUCCUCUGCUCGACACCGCAGACGCUCGGACACUCGAAUUGGUGCUAUUGUGAAACAAACCAACGGGGGAAGCAGAUCAGAUCUACCACCACUAAGCUUUUAAAGCAAAACAAAGUGUGUCUGCAACGAUUGUUUCCAACCAAGCACGGAGGAAAACAACCAAAAAAAGAGAAUGGAGGAAAAGAAAAACAACAACAUUCCUGUCGAAUGUGGGUGCUCAGUGCUUUUUCAAAGAGUGGAAAUUGUAACUUGUGUGUGUGUGUGUUUUGUUUUGGUUUCUCUCCCCCUCGACAAGCAGCUACGACAAGCUAUCCUGCACUUGCCUACUUUAGAGCUGUCCAUAGAAACGGCACAAACCAAGAAAAAAAACAAAAACAGCAACAAGGAAAAAGUCCAAACAACAACAAACUUUGGAAUAGAUGUCCAUCCUCUUUCCAGCAGUAACAAGCAAUAACUCUUGUAGUCCUUUUUCGUCCCGUCAGUUCCAACUCCUUCACAUUUAUUUUUCUUUUCUCCCCUAAAGACUGUGUGACCGUCCAAAUUACUUCUUUUUUUGUUUUGUACAUACAAAUAGCUUAAUGAAUUAAACCUUCAAAAGGAGUUUUUUUAAAAAGAAAAAAAGUUAGAGCUCAUGGAUAGAACUAUUGCCUCUGUUGCUGUUUGACCUGUGUUUAUUGUGCAUUUAAAAAAGAAAGAUUUGAUCCUCUUCAGAUUGACAGUGGAUGUGGCACGGACGCUAUUACUUUGUUCAGUUUGCUGGUGUAAAAGAAGUUAUUCAUUCUGUUGCUGCGCUGACAAGGAAACAAAAAGUUACUCUUCAAAGUGAAAAAAAAAAAACACGAACAACGGAGCAACUUCCCAUCCAGUAUGACUUCUGUUGGAGAGUUUGUGUGGCACUCUUUUUAUUUAUUAGACUUUUUUCUCUUGUUUAUAAUGUUCAUGAAAUGGAGGGGGGGGGUAAAAGCUGUAUAUGGCAUUCCACUGGUGGUCAGGUGAUCUGUGGAGGAAAAGAAGAAAACGGGUUGUAUGAUGUCAAUGUUCGCCAUCCCAACUCCACUGGCAUUAAGAAUUGCACUUCAACCACAGUUCUCUGUAUCUUAUUUUUCUUUUUUCCCCACUGUCUUUCUCUCUCAUGGAGCUCACAUGAAUCCUUUUGUAUGUGAAUGAAAAAAAACAAAAAAACACCUCCCUUUUUAAAUAUUUAUUUCUCAUUUCCCUCAAAGAACACAAGCAAUGGGGAAAGAAAGAAGUUAACUUAUUUUGGUUCUGUCUUACUUCACUCCUCUUUUUUCAUGCUUAUUCCUCAUUCCGUAUUUUAAGAAUUGUAUAUUUUAUUGCUUUUUGUUCAUUUGUUUCGGGUGGGGAGGGCGGGAGGGGAUAUGAAAUGUAGCCAUUUUUGUUUUCUUUUUUUAUUUUCUGAUGUUUUAUUCAAUGGACACUUGAAAUGUAAUUGGGCCCCUAAGCUGCUCCUAGUGCUGAGCCUCGCCUGUUUAGAGUCGCCGGCCUUGUCCGGAGCCGACUACCCCGACAACACGCCUCUUACCGUAAACGCAGACCUGAAACAACCGCAUAGGCUGACAGACAAAAUGCCUUCCAAGGUGAAACAUUUGCCAUCUUGUUCAUAAGUUCUCCUGUGCGGUUGUUUUUGGGUGUUGAGAGGGGGAGGUUAUCUCUGCACAUGGCUUAUUGAUAGCCAAGACUUUACUGGCAAUUAUUGAGCCAGUUACUACACAAUAAAAGGGGUCUAAAACUCCACUUUCCUCUAUUAGGAGGAUCGUAGUCUCUAUUAGACAUGUGUUCUAGUUGACAAAAUGUGUCUUACAUUUACAAUUCAACGCCUCCGACUGAGGAUUUAAAGAAAAACACAAACAGAAAAAGAACAAAUCCUUCAGUUCCUUUGAAGGACAUCAUUAAGGUGUAGAGUUUGACAAGUACGUUCUCUGCGGAGCUACGUCGAGGUUGUUGGACUUGGCACUGAAUCAGAAAGUCACCGCUUCUGGUGCUUGAUUAUUAAAAAAGUAUAUAUGCCAAAACCACCUCAGAACACCUCAGUGUCCUCUCUCUUUAUCUCUCUCUCUCUCUGAGGGACAGUUUACAUUUAUUCUUCCCCUGUUUAAGUUAUUAACCUUCAACUCUUUUGUUUUCGUCUUCAUAUGUUGGUUUUAUGAACCUCCACUGCUGACAGAAAAAAAAAAAAAAAAAAAAGGUCCCAUGUUUGACGACAAAAUGAAUUCCACUCCUGGAUCGCAUCCUACUCUAGUGCUGUUUUAACCUGCUUGGAGUACAAUAUAUUUUUACUGCAUCGGGGCGAUUCUGAUAGUGUUGGUUUUUGUUGUUUAUCACUGAAACGUGUGAAAACUGUCUGGCAGUCGUUGUGUUGUCUCAUGUGGCAAAACUACUCUGAUCUUGUAUUCCCAGACGGGAUAAAACAAACUAUAAGAACAGAUUUUACUGAAGCCAGGUCUGUCCUCUCUCAUGUGAGUGUACAGUGUGUGUGUGUGUGUGUGAGUGUGUGUGUGAAUGAGUGAGUGAGUGUGUGUGCUCCAUGUUCUUACUAAGGCUGAGCUUUAGAGAGGCACCUGCUCCGUGACUAGUCUGCACCGAUCUCAGCUGGGCUCAUUCCCACCUGCUACUCAGUAAAUAUCAGACUUCUGGAGAGUGUUUGUCAUAAAAAGACAAAUAUAGCCAACGUCAGAUAUAACAACUGACUCACAUCAUUUGCAGCUAUGAUUUUGCACUGAAAGUUAACUGAGCUCAGCUCUGAGUUCAGUGCAGACUGGUCCUGGAUCAGCCCAGGUUAGUUGGGAUGUCUGACAAAGAGUUUCUGGCAAUGCUGCAGAUUCAAAACAAUAGCAUAUCUUCAUAAGCUGGUGAUCACAAAGCUAUAUUUUUACCUCCGUGUUUUAAGCUGUAGGUGUAGACUUGCGGUCCUGACGGUGGUUCAGGUUAACUUUCCAGUUGUGCAGCUUGGCCAGAAGUGUACCAGCCACGACAAAGUGGACGUUGUUGGCAGUGUCUUUUGUAAACCGCGCUCCAUUCUGGCGUCUGGCUUUGAGCAAACGGGUCCACGAAGUCGAGUUAGCCCAACCAAACGAGCAGUCCCGUAGGGAGUCGUCCUGUUGUUCUGAACAUGUGGCCAUCCUUUGUAAUACAUGCAGUCUGAUGAUGAUGAUGAUUCUAGUCAUGUAAGUUGAAGAUGCAAUACUUACAAUAAAAACACCAAGAUUUUCAAACCUGAA